GGCUAAAACCAAGAAAGAAUAUGAAAGGUACAAAUUAGCAAGACAGGAACAGAAAAGAGAAUGGGAAAUAAAAAGAUGUGAAUGUAUUAAAAGUGACUCCUAAGUUAUAUGAAGAAGCAAAGAGAAAAGAAUGCAAACGGUACCGUGCUCGAAAAGAAGCAGGCAAAAUAAAAUCUGUUUAUGAAAUGACAUCAGUCUGAGAGCAAAGAGCUAAGCAAAAGAGUUGGAAAGCAUGUUCAAAGAAAUACUGUGCAGCCAAAAAGAAAAAACAGUUACUGACAUUAAGUGUGUACAGCCCUCCUUCUGGUCCUGUAUGACAUGUAGUCCUAAAUGAACCUACAAAAUUUCAAGACAAUUCAUCAUGUUCACAGUCACAAUAUGCAAGUUCUGAAAUAUAUACAAGGACUACUCUUCUGGAAAAUCUAGAAAAGAAAGCGAUAGGGGGGGGGAAAGUAGGUCAGCCACUUACAGGAAAAUAAAAAACUAUAGGAAGAACUGUAAACAUACAAAGCAAAAUGUAGCAAGUAUAAAAGAAGAUAUUGUAGGGAAAAGGGAAAGAAAAACAAAAGGAAAGAUAAUGCACCUCAAUUUAAAAGUCAAGAAAUUGCUAAAAGGUGUGAAGAUAUCUACUAUAAAAAGGAGAUUAGUUUUUAAUGAAGCAGUGAUUUCCCAAAUGACUGAUAAUUUUCAGAAACUACAGAAUAAGAAAGAAUCUAGAAAAUCUUUUCUCUGUUACAUAGCUGGAAAAAUUAUAAAAAAGUAUAAGUGCAAUGAAUGAAUUAAAAAAAAAUAUUCAAAUUGAAGUCUUAAAAGUAGAGAUGUUAAAGCCAAGUUGGAGCUGACUAAACAAGAUAUUCAGGAUUUUUUGGAAGAUGAUUCUUGCAAUACAUUAUGUCCUGGUAAGCAAGAUACAAUAAGUAGAAAACGAGUGAAGAAACAAAAACGCUACUUGAAUGUUAGUUUGCAAAACCUUCACAAAGCUUUCUCUAGUAAAUGUAUGCAAUAAUUCAUACAUUACAGUACAUUUUGCAAACUUUGUCCGUUCUGGUGUGUCCAGAAAAAAGUAGGUAAGCGAGACACAUGUUUAUAUAGCCUUCAUGAAAACAUAAAACUCAUAGUUAGUGUGUUAAAGCAACUGAAGAUUAUUUCUGAGAGAACCCCAGAUGAACUUUACAAAAGUUUGUGCUGUUAUAUUAAAGACAAUGUUGAGAAAUGUUUAGAGAGGAACUGUAAUGAAUGUUAAAACAAAAAAGAUUAAGUUCUUAGAAUAUUCAGAAGAAGACACAGAGUCAUAUGAGAAAUAGGUUUGAAAAAAGUUAAUAUUGUAGCCAAAGGAAUUCCUAAAACAGUUAAAAAGCAUUCUAAAAUUCUUAACUGUUCUGCUGCAGAACUUGUUCAUGCCUUGCAAUCAGAAAUGCCAAAAUUCGUGGUUCAUAUUAGUAACAUUUUACACCAGCGGAGAGAAGUGAAGAAUAUAAAAGACCGAUUGAAACCCAAGGAAGUAUUAAUUCAUGUGGAUUUCGUUUGAAAACUUCGAGUGUAAAUAUUCAAGGGAAACCCUAGCAUUUCAUUUCGGUGGUUCACGCCAACAAGCUUUAGAUGCUAAUUUUGGCAUGUAUGUAUGGCCAUGUGCCCCAGUCCUUGGUAAAUACAUUUGGUACAAUCGAACUAAAUUGAAGAAUAAGGUAGUUUUGGAGCUUGGUGCUGGUACAGGUUUAGCUUCCGUUGUAGCUGCCAAAUGUUGUGCUCAUGUGAUUAUUACAGAUGCAGAUAAGUACGAUUCUGUGUUUCAAAUUGCAAAACAGAAUAUGAUAUUGAAUGAUAUAAAUCAAGAAAGCUUUGAAAUCAUGAGCCUGGACUGGGGAAAUUUUUCUCCAACCAUAAUAAAUUUCAGUUCGAUAGAUAUUAUUAUUGGAUCUGAUGUAUUUUAUGAUCCUCAUGAUUUUGAAGAUCUUCUUGUAACUGUUUCUUAUAUUCUGAAGCAAAAUCCUGAUGCCGAAUUUUGGUGUGCAUAUGAACAUAGAUGCUCUGACUGGAACAUAAAAUAUUUGUUGCAAAAGUGGGAUUUGUUAUGUAAAGAAGUGCCACUGGAAAAUUUUGGAGCUGAUAAAUUUAAUGUUGCUGGAUCCGAUUUGCCCGGUCUGAAGACAAUAAGGUUGUUCAUAUUUUCUCAUUCUACAGUAAAUAAAGAAUAAAACUGUAUUUUCACGCUUC